CACACACACACACACACACACACACCACUACAGUAUAUCAGCGAGUGACUAGCGGAGAGCCAGAGGGGAGUGCAGAAAUGAAUGUGAAGAUCCUGACGCUGGUGAUUGUGCUCUUGGUGUCUCUGCUGUGUUCUGCCAGUGCUGGUCCCAUGGCCUCCAUGGAGCAUGGCAGAGAGCUGGAAGAGGCCUCCACAGUGAGAAAAAUGGUCCAGCAAAGCCCUGCGAGGGGCGGUCAGACCCACAGACCAGCCGGCUGGAAGAGGAGACGCCCACGGCCCCGUCUUUCCCACAAGGGGCCCAUGCCGUUCUAGAGCAAGGCACUGCUUUGAGCGCCCACCCCCAGGUUCUGAUUUCUAUGCUCUUCCUUUACCUUGGGGGGCCUUGCAACGAAGGGCCUACGCUUGCCCAGCCUGAAGAGUGAUGUCCAUAGCACCUGCUGGUUCUUCAAGCAACUCUGUCCACAAAAAAAUCAGGACAAGCCGCUCACCCACAGCUCUAGGAGGAA